AUGGUGGUGGUCUUUGCGAAGAAGGAUCCGCCAGCGACUGAGUUUGCAGAGGUAGGACGGACGGAGAAGGUCAUGAAUGACCUCAAUCCAAGCUUCCAAAAGCCGAUCAAUGUCUCGUACUUUUUCGAGAAGGUUCAGACCUUCCGUCUGGCUGUUCUAGACAUCGAUGAGCACGUGAGCUCGGUGAGCGACUACCGCCAGCACGACUAUAUCGGCGAGGUCGAGUUCAAGCUCUCGGCCGUCAUCGGGGCUCCCGGCAUGUCGCUUGAACUCCCGCUUGGCAACGUGAACAAGCCCGCGAGAAGAAACGGCUUCAUUCGCAUCACCGCAGAGGAGAUGACGAACUUGUCGGCCGUGGUCAAGAUGCAGAUCCGUGGUCACAACCUCGACAAGAUGGACACCUUUGGCAAGUCGGACCCGUUCCUGGUUCUUUCGCGGCUUCGCGCCGGCGCAACCGAUGACUGGCAGCCAGUUCAUAAGACCGAGGUCGUGCCAAAGAAUCUCAACCCGACAUGGCAGGUCUUUGAGGUCCCGAUCGCCACCCUCUGCAACGCUGACUACGAGCGUCCGAUCCGCAUAGAGUGCUAUGACCACGACAAGCGCGGGACGCCCGACUUCAUCGGUGCUUUCCAAACCACACUCACCAUGCUCUGCUCGCCAGAUCAGGCCAAAGAGCUGGAGCUUAUCAACCCGAAGAAGCAGAAGAAGAAAAAGUACCGCAACUCGGGCAUCCUCGAGGUCAUGUCCAUCGAGGUCGUCGAGAAGCCGAGCUUCAUUGACUACCUCGCUGGCGGACUGGAGGUCAACCUCAUCAUCGGCAUUGAUUACACGGCGUCCAAUGGGAACCCGGCCAACCCGUCGAGCCUCCACUACCUCUCGCCGUACGAGGCCAACGCGUACGAGAGGGCCAUGACCGCUGUAGGCGCCGUCGUCGCGCCGUACGACCACGAUCAGGAGUUCCCACCCUUGGCUUUGGUGCCCGGCUCCCCACAGGCGCCCGUCGCCAUCCACGGCAUGCCUGCAGUCAUCCAGGCGUACCGAAACUCGCUUCAGUUCCUUGCCCUUCAUGGGCCAACCAACUUUGCGCCGCUCAUCGAGGCAGUCAUCGAGCUGGCUCAGACGGCGAUCAACUCGCAGGACUCGCAGACCUACUACGUCGUCCUCAUCCUCACCGACGGCGAGAUCACCGACAUGGCCAAAACCAAGGCCGCCCUCGUCCGGGCCUCUUCGCUCCCGAUCUCGUUCAUCAUCGUUGGCGUCGGCGACGCAGACUUUUCCAACAUGGAGCAGCUUGAUGGCGACGACGUCCGGAUCUCGGCCAACGGCAUCUACGCCGAGCGCGACAUUGUCCAGUUUGUGCCGUUCCGCGACUUUGAGGCCCUCGAUCCAGCGUACCUCGCGCAGUCUACGCUCCAAGAGAUCCCACACCAGGUCCUCGACUUUUACGCCAAGCACGGCAUCAUGCCGCUGCCGCCGCGGCCUGUGGAUCCCACCUAUGUCCCGCCAGCCGACACAGGGUACGGCCAGGGCCCACCGCCGCCAGCCGCCGGAUAUGGCCAGGGCCCACCGCCGCCAGCCGCCGGAUAUGGCCAGGGCCCACCGCCGCCGGCCGCCGGAUAUGGCCAGGGCCCACCGCCGCCGGCCGCCGGAUAUGGCCAAGGCCCACCACCGCCGGCCGCAGCAGGGGCAUCCGGCCCGCCGCCGCCUGGCUACGCGCCGCCGCCCUCCUUCUAA